UGCGGACGUUUAUGGAUCAAUCUGUUGUCGGUGAUUUCGAAGCCAACCAGCGGGGUACACUUUCGACCAUAGUUGCAUCGCCGCUAUUUCCAUGCUGUUUUGAAGCGGAAAAUUCCUCAGUUCACACGAGUGGUGCCCACCGCAAUCGGAUGCUGACGCGUUGGCGGGACACAAAGCGCGGAGCCAAAAUGGAAGAAGUCAAUGAAAAGUUGAAGAAUUUUUUAAUUACAUUCAGUUCGAGUGGUGUCGAGUUGGAUAGUUUGGCCUCGUUUCGCCGGAACCGUCAGGAGUUGCAGCGCUAUUAUUUACAUUACGAGGCCAGGGCGGGAAAGUAUCAGCUUAUCCUUGCAUUCCUAAUUUUUGCGAUCGGAAAACAUUAUUUCAGCGAGUUGUUUGCAAAUGAAGAUUGCAUCGUUGGAAUGCCACAACAGCUGCAGAAAGCAUUUCGCCCACCGGAAAGUUGCGACUUUUGCAGGGAAGUGCGGAAUGUGCCUCGACUUGCAAAUGUGAACCCGGAUGAGUUUGAGCGGAUCCAUGCAUACACAGGAGGUCCGGUUAUCGUAACGGAUGCAACAGCAAAUUGGACGGCAACGGAAUACUUCGAUUAUUGGUUUUUCAAAGAUAUCUACCGAACAUAUGGCAAGCGGAAGAAAGCUGCCAGAUGCCAGUUUUUCCCCUAUCAAACGGGAUUUCGUAACAUCCACGAUGCGUUCAAUUUGGACGCAGCACGCGUGAACUACGAACCAGGCACGGAGCCGUGGUACUUUGGGUGGAGUAACUGUGAUCCAGCGAUAUUGAAAAUUUUGAGGGAACACUAUGGGCGGCCCUACUUCUUGCCACGUGCAUCGGAAAACAACGCAGUGGAUUGGGUGUUUAUGGGCGGCCCAGGGCUAGGAGCACACAUGCAUGUUGAUAAUGUUCGUUUACCAUCAUGGCAAUCGCAACUUAGAGGAUCUAAGGAAUGGAUCCUAGCCCCACCGCCAGAGUGCUACUACAGUUGUGCAUCUUUGUCAGUAGUGGUUCAAACUGGAGAAACAAUUGUUCUCGAUACCAACAAGUGGUAUCACAAAACCAAUGUUCUUUCCGGAGAAAUCAGUAUAACUGUCGGUGCAGAAUACGACUAAACGCAUACUUACCUGGAUAUGAUGGUGGUCGCUGGUGGAAACUCAACGAUGUCUUCUCUUAUCUCAAGGUCGUUGUAGAAGCUCACCACAUGGGGCUCAUUGUUGCGGAACAUACAGGAACCAUUGGCAGAAGGAAUCCGAUGGUACAGUGGGUCAUCAUCAUCUGAAAAAUUAUUAGAAAUGUUAUAAAUAAAACAGACUCCCUUUGAAAUCA